AUUGUUAGCGACACCGCCAGCUUAGUAGUAUCUUCAUAACAAACUCCUCUAGUUAUGAUAUUUAAACAUUAUCUCAUGAUAUCCAAAACAAAAAUCAACUAAAUCGUAAUAGAUCGCACUCACAGGUAUUUCUCAGCUUUUAAGAAAUCAUUGAGAAUUAAUAUGGAGGAUGUUAAUCACUUGGACGUUUCUAACACAACUGUUUUUAACAAGGUAAAUUCAAUUGCAGGGAAAUACACAGAAGAGGAAUCUUCAUCUAGUGAAACGUUUACUAAACAAACCUCAUUACACAAAGAUAUUCCUGAAUAUCGUUGUGAGAUUUGUAAGAAAACGUUCUCUUCAGAGCAUGAAGUGGUCACGCACAAAGAAAAACAUAACAAGGAAAAACCCUAUCACUGUGAGAUAUGUGGAAAAUAUUUUGUGUGUAACAGUCAUUUUACAAACCACAAGAGGAUACACACCGGAGAAAAACCGUUUCACUGUGAAAUAUGUGGAAAAUCUUUCACUCAGAAUUACCAUCUUGUGGUCCAUGUUCGUAGUCACACAGGAGAAAAACCUUAUCAUUGUGAAGUGUGUGGAAAAUCUUUUGUGGAUAACAGCAAUUUAACAAGACAUAAACGAAUACAUACUGGAGAAAACCCAUUUCACUGUGAUAUAUGCGGAAAAUCAUUCUCUGAUAAUUCUAAUAUUAUCGUUCACAAACGUAGACAUACAGGAGAACAGCCGUAUCACUGUGAAAUUUGUGGGAAAUCUUUUGUAAAUAACAGCGAUUUAAAAAGUCAUGAAAGAAUUCACAGCGGAGAGAAACCGUAUCACUGUGAAAUAUGUGGAAAAUCCUUCUCUGGAAGUUCCCAACUGGCAAUCCACAAACGUAGUCAUACAGGUGAAAAACCAUUUCAGUGUGAACUAUGUGACAAAUCGUUUCUCACUAACGGCUUGUUAAAAGCUCACCUGAAAAUACACACCGGAGAGAAAACUCACCACUGUGAAAUAUGCGGGAAAUCUUUUCUGAAAAAUCACGAUUUAAAACGUCACAGGCAGAUACACACCGGGGAAAAACCGUACCACUGCGAAGUAUGCGGCAAGUCUUUUUGUCAGAAAUCGGCUCUUACCCUCCAUAUGCAAAUUCACACAGGAGAAAAAUCUCAUCUGUGUGAAAUGUGUGGCAAGUCGUUCUCUCGGAAUUCUGACCUUAUAAGUCACAAACGUAGACACACUGGAGAAAAGCCUUGUUCCUGUGAAAUAUGCGGGAAAUCUUUUGUUAAUAACAGUGAUUUAAACAUGCACAAACGGGUUCAUACUGGAGAAAAGCCCUACUGUUGUGGAAUAUGUGAUAAAUCGUUUAUCACAAGAACUCUCUUAAAAAGACAUGAACUAAUACAUUCUAAAGGGAAGUCUUUGAGAUAUAAAAUAUGAGAAUUCCUUCUGCAAAUAUAAACUUGGUCUACAAUGAAUACUCGUUGGAAAACAUCUAUUGUGAUGAAAUACACUCAAAAUGAUUCUAAUUAAAUUCUCGUCUUGUUGUCUGCAAAUGUAGUCUUAAUCUCAUUUUGAGAGAAGUCUUUUCACUAAAAUAUCGAGGAAUUCCUUGUUUGUGAAUUAUAAACUUACAGUUUAUAAAUGAAGACACACUGGACAGAAAAACUAUAUUAAUAUGAAAUAUAUUAUGAUGAAUCAUUCUCCGAGCUCUAGUCUUGUAAUUCGCAUAUACUGUCUGGAGGAAGAUCUGUAGUCUGCUCAGCCAAAAACGAGUAUCGACUGAGUGAUGGUACAGUUCUUUGUCCAUCCAGUUGUCACAUCUAGGAUGUGACAUUAAGUCAAAGGAUGGUACGAGAGGGUCAAGAGUGUUGUGUGUAAAAAAACUUACAACUACAUAGGUGACUAAAACAAUGAAAAUAUGGUGUAUGUUAUGGAAUCCUGCUUGAAUGCUGGCUUUAAAAAUUCAGAAAUAUGAACAUUCAUAAAAAAUGGUUGAUAGUUGAAUUGCAAAGGCAGGCCAUGCACAUAGAAUGUCACCUAUACUCCUUUUUGAGAUUUGAAGAGUUAUUGGAUUGGCACAUAAUUAUUGCAGCUUUUUUUCAAAAAAAUUUAUGCAACAAAAACAUCUUUAAAUGAUGGUCUGACCGCCUGCCAAGCAAAUGGGAUGCAGUAAUUGAAGUAGAUAGUGAAUAUGCUCCAGAAUAAUCAUUUAAAGAUGUUUUUGUUGAAUAAAAUUUGUUGAAAAAAAGCUGCAAUAAUUAUGCACCAACCCAAUAGAAAAGAACCCCCAAUGAUGAAGACAAACUAAAUCAAGAUGCUUAUGACACAACUACAACCAUGUUUCACUGUAUAUUUAGCAUCUCAUAUUUUACAUGUGACACUGUUUAUAGUUAACUUUGGUUUCUACUGUAUGUAGGUUGGUGUCUUUAACCCCUUGGGUACCAAUCCACCUAAGUUCUAUGACACAAAUUUCCUAUUAUAAAGUGAUCUCAAAAAUCUUCCAUCAAAAUUCUGUUAAUUUGUGUUCCAAACAUUAGCAUUGUAACGACAAAAAUAUUUUACAAAAUUCUUCGUUAUUUUCUAAAUUAAUUGAAACAAAUGCAGUGUACUUCAACAGACAUGGUAACUAAAAAGGGUUAAACCAGAGCUAUCUAUUCUAAGAUAAAUUGCAAUUAUAGCCGACAUCAUUUGCUUUUCACUUAAACUUACCAAUUGUCUAGUUUCAAAUUAAUGGUUGAUGGCAAAAAGAAAAUAUAUUUUAUUCAUUUUCCUGCAACAAAUAUUCACUUACAUGGCUGUGUGUUAAAUAAGCUUGCUCCUCAAUCACAUGGUUUUAGAAUCAGUUGUUCCAUUGUAUGGCAAUUUCGGCAAGUAUCUUCCAUAGCCCUGAGCUACAAUAAAAUUUCAUGAAAUACAUUAAAUAACGACUAAUGUAUUUUCAAUAUCCUUUUCAGCUCUCUUAGUCAUUCCAUUUGAAAAUGAAUGAUUUCAGUCACUUUUGAACCCCACUCUUUCCAUAUUA